CAUCAUCCUGUGAGUAAGUGUAGAGCUUGGAAACGGAAGGCUGGCUGACUCAUUCACGGUUAGCCAAAGGGGCGGCUUUCCAAGUUUUGACUCCCAAAACUCCAAAUCCCAAUUCAUUCGCUAUAAAUAUAAACGCCUCUCAACUCCACAUUCCCAUCCCUCCCUUUCCUUCUCUACCUCUAUAAACCCCUCCAUUCCUUACCAUUCUCUCUUGCUUCCUCUCUUGUUUCCAAGCUCUCCACCCCACUUUCCUUCUGUUUUUCCCUUGUCCACAGCCUCCUGAGGAGGGGAGAGCAAUGGAAAUCCCCGAGGAAGCCAUUAUCUCCAACAACAACACUGAGUGCACCCAUGCGGUCGUGAAAGGAAAGCGAACCAAGCGCCAGAAGCUCCACCUCCCGCCGGUCCCAGCAGCAGCCGCCGCCGCCCCCACCUCGUCGAACUCCUCAGAUGAAUUCUCCGGGACCACCACUGAGGAGGAGGAGGACAUGGCUAAUUGCCUCAUCCUCCUUGCCCAAGGUAGAGCCCUCGAUACCACCCCAAAGCCUGGAUCACCGACAGAAGAAGGUACCGCUGGCCCGGCCAACAGCAACGGUGCGACCGAGAAGUUCACCAGCCGCAGGUUCGCGGAGGCCACCACCACGACCAACGGCAAGGCUGGAUUCUAUGUGUACGAGUGCAAGACGUGUAGCAAAUGCUUCCCUUCAUUCCAAGCGCUCGGCGGGCAUCGAGCAAGCCACAAGAAGCCCAAGCUGGGGAUCCCGAUGACCGGAACCGAAGAAAAGAAAGCGGUGAUCGAUGAAGAUAGCAUCCAAAUUAGUAUGAAUUCGAUCUCCAAGUCGAUUAUGGCUGCCAGCAACACCAAUAGCAAUAGCAAGCCGAAGGUCCACGAGUGCUCGAUAUGUGGGUCCGAAUUCUCCUCAGGGCAAGCAUUAGGAGGCCACAUGAGGCGUCACCGACCGCUGAGCAUCCCGGAGAACUCGGAGGCGAAGAAGGAGCGGAGCGUUCUCUGUUUGGAUCUUAACCUCCCCGCUCCAUCUGAUGACGACCGUGGAGAAUUCCCGAAAUCGCCGUCAGCCGUAGCCUUCCCAUUUGAAAGCAAACAACCGCUCGUCUUCUCGGCGUCGGCCUUGGUGGAUUGCCAUUAUUAAGAUGGCAAUGAAAUCAAAGCUGUUGUUAUUUUAAAUUGUUAUUAUUAUUAUUUUUUUUUUCAAAGACUCAAACAAGAUUGGGAAUCAUGGGGGGUUAUGUGAAUUAUAUCUUUUACCAUUUAUCAUUGAUUCUUUGGAUUCUUUACUCUAGUUGUUCGCCUAUGGAGAUGGGUGGUGAUGAUGUUAUGUAAGAAGAAUGAAGAAAAGGGUAUACAUCCUUGUGUUCAUGAAAAGGGAGCGAGUUCAAGGCUUUUC